AUGGGCUCCUCCACUUCCAAGUACCCUAAAGACGACACUUCCUCUGUAGAAGUGUACAACGAGAAAGUUGGCUACGAGGCUCCUUCCAGUUCUGUCUCUGCAGACUCUGCUGCUGAGUAUUUGCAAGGUUUGUCCUUGGACGUCUGCGACUACCUGAACGACAUCAACGCUUCGACAAUUAAGAAGUGGGAUGCCGAUUUGCAGGCUGACCCUAAGAACAGAGUUGUUCAGAACGCGUUUUCUCAACAUACGCUUGCAGAAAUCACCAAGAAGAGAAAUGUGGACUUGACGUUGAACGACCGUUACCUUUUCAACGUGGAGGUGGACCCAAUUGGCUCGCCUUCGUUCUUGGACAACCAGAAAUCUUCUGGUAGAUGCUGGAUUUUCGCCACCAGUAACGUUAUCCGUACCAAUGUUAUCCAGAGACAUAACUUGGACCCAUCUGAGUUCCAGGUGUCUCAGGCUUACCUUUACUUCUACGACAAGUUGGAGAAGGCCAACUACUUCCUUGAGAACAUUAUUGAUACUGCCGAUGAGCCACUUGACUCUCGUUUGAUCCAAUGGCUUUUCUCUGGUUCUGUCAACGAUGGUGGCCAGUGGGAUAUGAUUUCUAACAUUAUCGACAAGUACGGUAUUGUUCCAAACGAGGUUUUCCCAGACAACGCCAACGCGCUGAGCUCCAGCAGCUUGAACGCCAUUUUGACUGACAAGUUGAGAGAAUACGCUUUGGUGUUGAGAAAGUUGAAGGCUAAGGGUACUCCAAAGAAGGCCAUCUUGGCUGCCAAGAACGGCUUCAACAAGCAGAUAUACAACAUUGUCGCUCUCUUCUUGGGCUCUCCAGUUGGUCCAAACGAGGAGUUCACCUGGGAGUAUAAGGACAAGAACGGCAAGUUCCACAGCGUCAAGACCACUGCUGUUGAGUUCUACAAGAAGUACGCGUCUUACAACGUCACCCAGCGUUUCUCCUUGCUUAACGAUCCUAGAAACGAGUACAACAAGUUGUACACCGUUGACCGUUUGAACAACGUCUACAACGGUAGACCAAUUGAGUAUGUCAAUGUUGACUUGCCAGCCAUGAAGAAGGCUGCCAUCAACAUGUUGAAGAACAACGAGCCUGUUUUCUUCGGCUGUGACGUUGGUAAGUUCUUCGAUGGUGCUUCUGGUGUCAUGGACACUAAUUUGUUCGACUACGACUUGGUUCUUGGUGCUGCUCCUAAGCUUACCAAGGAGGAGAGAUUGAGAACCGGUUCUUCCCAGAUGACCCACGCCAUGGUUAUCGCUGGUGUUCACUUGGACACUGACGGUAAGCCAGUCAGAUGGAAGGUGGAGAACUCCUGGGGUGACGCUGGCGGCAACAAAGGCUGGUACUUGAUGUCGGACGACUGGUUCAACGAGUACGUUUUCCAGGUUGUCACCUCCAAGGCCUACGUCGAGAGAUCCCACUACGAGCUCUGGAAGAGCAAGAAGUACGACGUCUUGCCAUUCUACGAUCCUAUGGGAGCCUUGGCCUGA